CUGCGACCUCUGAUUGGAGGACGUAUGUUUACGUAGCAACGGUCCGGAAAAUGUCGCUCAGGCCAGUCCGAAAAAACUUCCGCCUUAAGUUGUAAAGAAAACAGAGAAGCUAAAAGGCAAUCGACGGCGUAUUCAUCCAUUAAAGGAAGUCAGAGCAAAGGCUCACUCUGGAGCUUGUGUGGUUUUCAGAGUGUGUGUGAGGGUGAGUGGGUGAGUGUAUGUGUGACUGUGUGUGAGCUCCAAUUUCCUCCUCGCUAUUUCACCAAGAGCUGCUCCUCCCUGGAGGAUGACAAUGGAGGACACGAAGAAUGAAGCGGAGACAAACUCCAUGGUAUCCAUGACGCUGUACGCAGUGAUGUACCCAGUUUUCAAUGAGCUGGAGAGGAUCAACCUAUCAGCAGCUCAGACACUCAGAGCUGCCUUCAUAAAGGCUGAGAGGGAGAACCCUGGUCUGACUCAGGACAUCAUAAUGAAGAUAUUGGAGAAAAAGAAUGUCCAGAUCAACUUUACUGAAUCUUUACUGCGCAUGGCAGCUGAUGAUGUAGAAGAGUUCAUUAUUGAGCGCACUGAGCAGGAGUUUCAGGACCUGAAUGAGAAGGCAAGAGCCCUGAAACACAUCCUCAGCAAAAUUCCAGAUGAGAUCAAUGACAGAGUACGUUUCCUACAGACUAUCAAAGACAUAGCCAGCGCCAUAAAAGAGCUUCUGGACACAGUCAACAAUGUCAUUAGGAAAUAUCAGUACCAGAAUCGCAGAGCUCUGGAGCACCAGAAAAAGGAGUUUGUUAAAUACUCCAAAAGUUUCAGUGACACCCUCAAAACGUACUUCAAAGAUGGAAAGGCAAUAAAUGUCUUCAUCAGCGCAAACCGGCUCAUCCACCAAACCAACCUCAUACUGCAGACCUUCAAAACUGUGGCCUAGCCCCUGGAGACUACAGAGUCUCCCCCCCUCGUCACGCGGGGAGCAACUGCUAGAUAGGUGCAAGCUUGAGGAGCGCCUGACCCAUUUAUGUAAAUUAGAAAGAGUUGAUUUUAGGGUUGGGGGUUCGAUUCCGUUGGAGUCGAGAUUCUAGAUUCCAGUUCAAGAGACUGAAAAGUGCCAUUUGUAUUUUUCAAUGAGGAUUUUCCAGUCUUGAAAUGGAACUGAAUGGGCCCAAAGUCUUGGUUGAUCAAUUUUUAUUUGGACAGUUUUAAUUUAUAACCGUGGUCUUGUUGGGAGUAGGUGAGGCGAAGUGUUUAUUAAAGACUAAUUGCCAUUUUUCUAAUAUAUUCAUGUUGAUCAUUUUACUUUUAGCUUUUCAAUCAUGGCUAGACAAGACCAUGGCUACACAUGAGACCACAUUCAGUCUCUGCCCUCUCUGCUGGUUGUCUCUCCCCGUCUUCAUUUCACCUUAGUGCAGGUGAAAUGACCGUGAGGAGAGAAAGCAGUGUUGGACAUUGAAAAGGUAGACUCAGAUUUCAUUUCUCUUUAUCAUCAGAAGACAGAAAGCCAAAUGACUUCGAGCACAGUGUGCGCCUUACUAAGUCCUGUAACAUUCCCUCCUCUGAGUGUAAUGAAGUGAAGCCAGUCCCUGCUGUUGGGGGAUUUACAGAGAGAAAUGAAAUUUCUGUAUUUAACUGAUAUCUGGUUGCAAAUGUUCAAUAAAUAGUUUCCAAAUGA